AUGACCAUUAAGCCGCAAAGCCAGUGGCGACGGCAGGCAAAUGGCUCAAGUGGAUCGUUUAAUAUAUUACCCGACAGCGAUUCGGCAUCGGAAAGUGAAUGUGGACAGCAUAGGUCUACCGGAAAGCAGCAAAAGCAAAGAACACUGGGACUCGCACGUGUGAACUCCUUACUCCUACCAGCGAAGCGGAGACCACGUCCAGCCAUCCGAAGAGAGACCGAAGAUUACGACAAGGAGAAUGACGUGCCAGAAUACGCUACGGAUGGAUAUCGAACGCCAGAUUUAACACCAACAAGGCCGAAUGCCCCACAGCCUCCAAGAAGCAGGAUGGAUUACACCGCCGCAACACAGCCAGUGAAUGACCACCACGAAGAACAAGAGGAGCCCGAAAUCAGCUUUGAAGAAGAAGAUAGUUCUGACUCACUAGAUGGGUUCAUUGUCAGCGACAAUGAGGAGCUUAGCUCCUUUGAAACAUCUGAUUCUGAGACACCCGACACAGAAGACGAACCUAGUCCGGCUCCAUCACCUGUUAGGUCACCAAGAAAGAGACUUAUGCGUGGAAGAAGACCAAAAUCAGAAGCGGAAUCAAACGCCACUGCGGAUGAAAAACCAUCAAUGGAACCGACGAAGGCGGCGAUAGAGCUGAACCGAUCAACUGAGAUAUCAAAGGCAGUCGCCUCAACACCUGAAUACUGCACACCAAAUGUUGCAUCAAAUUUCAAAUAUGCAUCCCCUGCACGUAAGGCGGAGGUACCCAAGCCACAUGUUGAUUUAAGCUACCCUCUUCAUGGCGGCCUCCACACCAGCGACCUCAUCCAACACCUUGAGGAUCUUGAUCUGGACAGCGACAAUGAAUCUACAUUACAAACACAGCCAGAACAUUCCAACUCAGAAUCAGAGAACAAACUACCGUCGAAACUAUACCCAACUCACAAAAGCCUACCACCGGUGACACCGUCGCACGCGAACUCUCACAUUUCUCUCAAUCGCGCUCUCACAUCAGUUGAUAGCUCACCAGAAAUGGCUAUUCCCAUGACCCUAAAGGCCAAGAAACAGGCCGAGACGGCGCGGAAGCGCGAGAUUCGAGCCCAGCUGGCUGAAUUCAACCAAAGGAAGAUCGGCUUUGCCGAAGAGUUCCUCCGACACCUUGACAAUGCCUUCAAUGACCAGAUUUCUCGCAUGACCGAGGAAACCGGCGGCAUCAAGAUCAUCUGGACAAAGAAUUUCAGAAACACCGCUGGCCGAGCAACCGUACGUUCAGAAAGAUUCCUCAGAGGAGACGCCGGUGUAGAAGAACCCGGGAAACGGCGUCACUAUGCCACCAUUGAGCUCUCCGAGAAAGUCCUAGACAGCGAAGACAAGAUCCUUUGCACGAUGACACACGAGUACUGCCACCUCCUCGAUAUCAUGGUCACUGAAAACAGAGCCAAGGGAACGGCCCAACAUGGUGCCAGCUUCAAGCAAUGGGGUGACCGAUGUGUCCGCGCACUGGAAAGCCAUCCCAUCUACGGAGGUCGGGUUGAGGUUACGACCAAGCAUACCUAUGAGAUCAACCACAAAUACAUCUGGGCCUGCAAGGUCCAGGACUGUGAUUUCAAGGUCGGGCGACACUCGAAGAGUGUUGACCCAAAGCGUCAGUUCUGUGGCCGUUGCAGGGGCGUCCUCGAGCAGAUCCAGCCGGUGCCGAGGAGGCCUGUUGUCAAGGCGAUUGUUUCGGGUGCGCAGAAGGAGAUUGUGGCCAUUGAUCCUUGA